ACGCGGAUCAAAUUCUGCGACUCAUCAAGUGGUGAAAUGGCUGUACUCACUGAGUACGGCCGACACUCUGGUCAAUGGAUAGGCAUUAUAUUAAUUGUGGUGGUUUUCGUACCCUCUGCCACGGCGCUUAUCGAGGGACUGUAUUGUGGCACCGAGAUUUGUUACGAUGUGCUCGGAGUAUCGAGGGAAGCGGUUAAAUCGGACAUAGCCCGGGCUUACAGACAGCUAGCCAGAAAGUAUCACCCGGACAGAUUCUCAAGUCUUGCAGGCGAGACUCGAGAAAGUGCUCAUCAAAAAUUUCUGCUCAUUGCGACUGCGUAUGAAACUCUGAAGGAUGAGGACUCCCGUAGAGACUAUGACUAUAUGCUGGACAACCCUGAAGAGUACUACAGCCACUACUACACCUACUACAGGAGACGACUGGCACCUAAAGUGGACGUACGGAUAGUCAUUCUGGUCACUGUGGUUGCUAUAUCCAUUUUCCAGUACUACAGUUGGUGGGCCAGCUACGCUGAAGCCAUCAACUACCUAUCAACGGUCCCCAAGUACCGUAUCCAGGCGACAGAGAUAGCCAAGCAGCUGGGUCUCCUGAACAAGACAAAAGAGAAGGGCAAGAACCGACGGUCCAAAGAGGAGAUCCGGGAACAGGAAGAAGAGAUCAUCCGUGACAUCAUCAAGAACAAGAUCGACAUCAAGGGAGGCUACCAGAAGCCUAAAAUCUUGGACAUCCUGCUCUGUAAGAUUGUCCUGUUCCCCUACUGCCUGUGUGCCUAUGUGGUCUGGUACUGUAAGUGGCUCUACAGGUUCACCAUCUGCAGAGAGGAGUACGGAGACGAGGAGAAGCUGUACAUCAUCAGGAAGAACAUGAAGAUGUCUCAGUCUCAGUUUGACAGUCUGGAGGAGGAGCAGAGAGACACCUUACUGGAGAGGCAGCUCUGGAUCAAAGACAACUAUGAGGUGUACAAGGAAGAACAGGAGGAAGAGAUGAAGACGAAGAUGGCCCUGGAUCCCAGGUGGAAGAGGUACCGACGGUGGAUGAAGAAUGAAGGACCAGGACGGCUCACUUUUAUUGACGAUUGACAACAUGCCGAUCAAUAAUCACACCUGACUUGUGGCAAUAUAUACAGAUACACACUGUGUUAUACCGAUACAGUGCAUUCGGAAAGUAUUCAGACCCCUUCACUUUUUCCACAUUUUGUUACGUUACAGCCUUAUUCUAAAAUUGAUGGGAAAAAAUAUUUAAGAA